AUGUUAGUCAUCAGGUCAUCGUUCGACAAAUUAAGGCAACAUGUUCGAGGAAUCAAGGCAACGGGGCUAGUUUUUGGCUCUUCGUUCGAGCAAUCAAGGCAACACGUUGGCAGGUGGGCUCCUUCACAGGUCUUGGGGCUUGCCUUGUUGGUUCUCGAUGGUUGCUUCAUCUCUAUGGUCCCCCCAAUAUAUACGUCAAGGCAACAAGGAAUAGCCCACAUGUUGUCCAUUAGGAUAGUUUUCAGGUCAUCGUUCAAAAAAUCAAGGCAACAAGCUCAAGGAACCAAGGCAACAAGACUAGUUUCAAGGUCAUCGUUCGACAAAUCUAGGAAACAACGUUAG